AAGUAUAUAAUGAAUAUCUUGAUAUAAUCAGUGCAAACAGUGGUAAAAUAAUCGUCUACGAUGAAUAUCUUUUGUCGAUUGUUGUUUUUAUUCGCUCUAGUGAAAACAGAAACUAUAAACGUCGAUGAUGUAUUCCAAAACAUCAAUUUCGAAGCGAUUCCACAAGAUGUCGUUGAUAUAAUAGAGAACGAUAUUUCCAGGGUUUCCGAUAUUGACGUUUUAAUAAAUGAUUUUAUCGAUAAAAUCUUUGCAAAUAUACAAAAUCUGAUGAGGAAUAAUAAUAUGAGUACAAUUGACAUACCAGAUGCCCAUUUGCAGUUCGACCCUGCUGGUCAUCUCGAUCUGAGAAACGGAACUUUACAAGACUUAGACACGAUUUCACGAAGAGAAGAUGUACAUAUCAAAUACGAUUCACUGAAUAAAAAAGUCUCUCUAACAAUCCCAAUCAAAUUUGAUAGUCUUAAGUUCUUCUACGACAAUUACCAUGCUAAAGUUCUCUUUAUUAGUAUAUCCGGUUCAGUACACGGUUCUAUUGAGAAUAUCAAAGUUAAUGCUGAGCUUAGUUUUGAUUUUAACACGUACACUGCGUUUCUCGAUCAUUACGAUAUGAAAGAUUCGGGUAAAGUUACUAUCAAAUUUACUGGAAAUGGAGUGGUAGAUUGGUUAUUGAACGCAAUGACUGCCGUUGUGGAUAGUUUUUUGGGACAAGUUAUAGUGAACGUAUUGGCAAAAUUGAUAAGAGGAAGUCUCAGAGAAUUUUGCGAUAAAAUUAAUGAAGAUAUCGCUAAUAUACUUAAUAAUUAAGAAAAAGUUGCUAACGGUUAUUAUAAAUUUUGAGUAAAUAUAUUUGAAGAAGCGUUAA